AUGUCGUUGGGAGACACUCCCUCAGCGGAAGAUAACAUCGCACAGCCACAGAAGGAGGCUGCUGGUUUCUCGCUUGACAGCGUCCUGAACGGGGAUCACGACAACUUAGGGCUUCCGAAUGUCCAGGAUGCGUCCGAAGAUGAAGGUGCUCAGACUGGACACAUAGUAGAUGGAUUUUGCGUAGAAUGCGAAGAUCAGCCUGCACAAGUCUUCUGUGAAACUUGCACAGACAACUAUUGUGAAGUCUGCUUCGCCGCACAGCAUCGAAAAGGCACUCGCAAGAGGCAUGCCACAAUGCCGUUGACGGGACAGAGAGAGAAGAAGGCAAAGUUACGGAAUGAUAUAUCUGUGCAUGCCUCAAAGGACGUGCAGGAUUCGCAGAAGGAGAAUGGGAGUGCCAUGCGCGAUGAUGGUGCUUCCGACGAAGAACUGGAACGUGUCGUGCAUGAAGCAUCAGCAUCCGAGACUGCAUCGAAUGAGGCGCAGCAGUCGACCGUCGGCGAGUGGUUCGUUGACCGCGCGAAGUUUAUCCCUAUGCGUUUAACCCUUGGCGAACGUAAAUAUUUGCGCUUGCUGGAGGCUGCUUUGAACGUUUCUGAGUACACUGACAAGAUUGACACAAUCGGUUUCGGGCUGUCCAAGGCAAAGCGCAUAGUGCACCAGAUCCGCGAGCUAUGUGCGAUCCUGUCUGGGUUGGUACUAUCAGCGGACUAUAAGCAAGGGCAGGAGCUGUUUGCCGACCGUGACUUCCAGGCGAACGAAGAUUUCUAUCAGCAAAUUUUCGAGCUUGGGAGACGGCAUAAGAUUGUAAACCCUGACAAGAUGCGCUCCACAUAUGGCAAACUCAUGUAUCUCCUGCAGGAUAGCCAGACGCCGGAGGUCAAGGAUAUACUCAGCUUCAGCUGUGUGAAGCCAAUCAAGACAGUGUACUCCGUCCUGGAAGCUCACGACGCCCUUGGCCUCUUGCGCGAUGAUCUCGUGGCGACCGCUACCAAAGAGAUCACAGCUGAGGGCCGCUCGCGACGAGAAAUUCAGAAAGACAUCAAAUCGAAAGAGCGAGCGAUCGAGGUCCUUGCAGCUCGAUAUGAACGCAAAGGGCUCAGCCAAGAACAAAUUUGCCAGUGUCUCUAUAGCAUAGGCGAUAACCACGCCUUUCUUAGGGUGAAUCGGGACCCAUGUGACAAGAUGAUUGCGUACUUGAAGAAAUACUUCCAUCCGACGGAGGCAAGAGAUGGCAAGAGUAGCCUGGCAAUAAAAAAUGGCAGGGGCGGCGCAAGGCUCACCCACGAUCAUUCAAAGCAAUAUGCAUACGUUAUUCAGAGCUUGACGCUUUGGCGCGAAGUUCUACAUGAUAUGUUUCAUCUAUGGUCCCUCGCCGAACAGGAUCUUCUUUCAGAAAAUGUGCACUACCAUCUGCGCGAUACUGGUCAGGGCCUGAACCGUGUGCAGGCUGCGCCAAAGACGUCGCGCAUGAUGCACAUCAUCCUCAACCGUGCCCAGAGGAGUAUUGGCUCGUGGAUCGGUUCAUCUGUCAUUCACAUGGGCGAUCGUAACGUCCCGAAUGCGCUCAUGUUCAUCGACAAAUACUCACAAAUCUACCGCAUCCUGCUCCCUAUAUGCAACACGCUCUCACAGGUACCAAAGCUGGCGGAAAACCCCGCGUUACGCUCAUACAUCGAGGAUGAGUUUGGCAGUAUGGAUUCUCUAUGCAAGGAGAUCCUCGGGGAUUUCUUCCGUCAUGGGUUCGACGGUUCAGGGGCCGGCAACUACUACGACGCUGGCUCAUGCAUCGACGGACGGCUGACGAGCGCGUGGAACUGGUGUUCCUCGCUGGAAAAAAAGCGGUUCUUCCCGUUGUUCCUGUUGACAGGAUUCAUCGGCUUCGAUGGAGAGUGGUAA